GCCGCCCCGGCUGUCCCCUCCUCCUCGCCACUCUCAGGUCCGGAGCCCUCCGCGGUCGCGGCCGCUCGGAGGGAGCUCUCCCGGAUCUCGGGGCGGGAGUGUUGCUGGCGGGGCUGGGCUGCCGGAGCUCGGCCGCGCCUGGUGUUGGGUCACACGCUGCCUUCACCCCAUGGCCCUUUCUGAGGACUCCUGCCUGCUGUGUACUGUAUCUACUGCCAGAAAUCUCUCCCCACCUGGAGCCAGUUGGCUGAGAAAACAAAGACGAUCCAGGGAGGCGAAUUCUACCCCUCCAGAGAGCUGACCUAGCAGGCCCCCACUAAGCAUUCAAACUGGACAGACCAAGAGAGUGGCUAAACCAACAAAAUUCUUCCCUUUGUAUCCGCUUGGCCCAUCACAUGGCAGAGUCAAACCCAGCCACUUUGAGGAUCCUCUGCUGUGGCUACAAGGACCCACAGAGAUCCCUUGUCAUCUGAAAAGUGUCAACUCUGUACUGGGGAUGGAGAAGGGAGAAGGCAAAAACUCAUCAUGGUCAAACCGCUCUCCUUUGACCAAAUAUUUUGAGGGGAUUUUUAAAAACCAGGCAGAAGAAAAAAGGCCAGACACCAUUUGGGAGUGUUGAAAGUAACUGGACUCUGCAUGAGGCUGAAAUGGUGGAUAGAGAAUGGUGCUGAGUGAGGAAGAGGGGGAAAGGCAUCUCCUGUUUCUGGCAAGAGUACAGAAAAGCUCGAUGUGAUAGCGUAUGCCUGUGGGAAGAGGAGGUAGACAGAUCAGAAGUUCAAGACCUUCACAGCUGCACGGGGAUUUUGAGGAAUCCCUCCAGUCCUAACAGAAGAACUUGAAGUAGCCUGUCUCUCAGUCUACCCACCCUAGUUUGCAGAGACCCAGUAGGUCAUUGCCCACCUCUGCUGGAGCAUGGACUGCACUUUUCUAUCAUAACCCCACUAUAUCUACCCACUAACACUACAAACAUUAAUCUCUACAAAAGGUUGGUCCUACUGAACCCGAGGAGCCUGGACCGCCGUUGCCAUGACGACUGCCAUCCUGGAACGCCUGAGCACCCUGUCUGUGAGCGGGCAGCAGCUGCGCCGUCUGCCCAAGAUUCUAGAGGAAGGGCUCCCCAAGAUGCCAUGCACUGUCCCAGAAACCGACGUGCCCCAGCUCUUCAGGGAGCCUUACAUCCACGCGGGCUACCGCCCCACGGGGCACGAGUGGCGCUACUACUUCUUCAGCCUCUUUCAGAAGCACAACGAGGUGGUCAACGUCUGGACCCAUUUGCUGGCGGCCCUCGCGGUCCUCUUGCGAUUCUGGGCCUUUGCGGAGGCUGGGGCAUUGCAGUGGGCCUCUCCCCACACCUUACCCCUGCUCCUCUUUAUCCUGUCCUCCAUCACUUACCUCACCUGCAGCCUCUUGGCUCACCUGCUGCAGUCCAAGUCAGAGCUGUCCCACUACACCUUUUACUUUGUGGACUAUGUCGGGGUCAGCGUCUACCAGUACGGCAGUGCGUUGGCUCACUUUUUCUAUAGCUCGUACCAGGCCUGGUACGAGCUAUUCUGGCUUUUCUUCCUGCCAGCGGCUGCUUUCUGUGGUUGGCUCUCCUGUGCCGGCUGUUGCUAUGCCAAGUAUCGCUACCGAAGGCCUUAUCCAGUUAUGCGGAAGAUCUGUCAAGUGGUACCGGCAGGGCUGGCCUUCAUCCUAGACAUCAGCCCUGUGGCCCACCGGGUGGCUCUCUGUCAUCUGGCUGGUUGCCAAGAGCAGGCGGCCUGGUACCACACCCUUCAGAUCUUCUUCUUCCUUGUUAGCGCCUACUUCUUCUCCUGCCCGGUACCUGAGAAGUACUUCCCCGGUUCCUGUGACAUUGUGGGCCACGGACAUCAAAUCUUCCACGCCUUCCUUUCCAUCUGCACGCUCUCCCAGCUGGAGGCCAUUCUUCUAGACUACCAGGGACGGCAUGAGAUCUUCCUCCAGCGCCAUGGUCCCCUGACCGUCUACACUGCCUGCCUCUCCUUUUUCUUUUUAGCUGCCUGCAGUGCGGCCACCGCCUCCCUCCUGAGGCACAAAGUCAAGGCCAGACUGAUCAAGAAAGAUUCCUGAGGUUUGCCGAGGGGGAAAGGUGUAGAGAUGUGCUACUGUGAUUUGGAGAAAACUUGACACAGUAAUUAGAAACUGACAUUUUGUUUUUAAGGCUUGAUUUUUAAAUUAAUAUGUAUUACAGGCU